UAUAAUGGUGCCGGUGGCCGCCUGUCCUCCCGGCUCUUUCGCUGAGGAGUGCCACGGGCUGGUGGGACGGCGGGGCUGCAGGGAUCAGAGCUGUUUGCCUUGCAGACUGACAUCCCGGGUGUGACCGUGUUGGGGGGAGUUUGUGGAGGAGCCCUCGGCACCUCCUGGCCGCACAGGCAGACUGCACUCCCCGUCGCUUUGACCGCGACGCUCAGGCCAGUUGAGCGGUGGCAAAGUUAUCGAGAGUCAUGGCCGAGACUAAACCCAACAGCGCCGAGCAGAAGUUCACGGGCGGCAUCAACAAGGAAAUCGACCUGGUGAACCGCGACCCCAACCACAUCAACGAGGACGUGGUCAAGGUGGACUUUGAAGAUGUGAUUGCGGAGCCUGAGGGCACAUACAGCCUGGAUGGCGUGUGGAAAACCAGCUUCACAGUCUUCACCGUCUCCAAAUACUGGUGCUACCGAAUACUCUCCGCUAUCUUUGGUGUCCCUCUAUCACUGAUCUGGGGCUUCUACUUUGCUUGCCUCUCCUUCUGCCACAUUUGGGCUAUUAUGCCUUGUAUCAAGAGCUACUUGAUUGAGAUCCAGUGCAUCAACAGGAUCUUCUCCAUAUGUAUUCACACCUUCUGCGACCCCUUCUACGAAGCCCUGGGGAAAGUAUUCAGCAACAUUCGUGUCAAUUUACACAAGGAAGUUUAGCUGCUCCCGAUGGCUCCAAUCAAUAAAUGCAUUCUGACAGAAGGCCUGUCUGCUAAAUUGCCAGAUUUUAUUCAGAACUUUUGCUUCAUGUAAUUGUACUUCACUUUGACUGUUGAUAUGAUUUAGCUUUAUCUCACUACUGUUUUCCACUUUUGAUUAUUGUGAAGUUCUAAAAAUCUCUGAGAAUUCAUUGAC